AUGUCAGCAGAUCAAACCUCGCCUAUGGCAGCGCCAAUCAACAGCGAAACCAAUGAAAUUUACACUAACGAGUUGUGGUCCGAGGACGGGGCAAUGGCUAUGCUGGAGGCUGAACUAUUGAGAAGCGACGCCGCACCUGCCGACGCCGGCGUCGACCUGUUUGAUGAAGACAACUCAUUAAUGGAACUAUUGACCAGAGCUGAGAAGCAACUCAAGGAACAAAACCUCUGGCAGUAUCCACUUCAUCAAACGGUUCGACGCCAGCAACAGGUUUCCAGCCCCGAUCACCCUCCCCCUUCAUCGCCGCAUUGCCAGCAGCUUGUGGUAUACACGUCGCCACCACCCGCCACCCGAGCUGCUGCGAUCCCCCCCGCCACCACAACAAGAAUCCCCCCCGCCUUCACCGUCACAUCACACCAACAAGUCCGGAUACCCCCCGCCCCCACAACAAGAAUCCCCCCGCCUUCACCGUCACAUCACACCAACAAGGAUGUCCCCCCGCCGCCGCCUCCGCCACCGCCGCUCAUCCUUAUAGACGUCCACGCGCAAUCUUAG